GAUCGUGCCCGUUACCAUGGUCCUUGCAUGAGAACAGCAGUUCGUAUACGUGUUUUGCUGCAGGUCGUGUAUCGAAUUUCAUUUCGAACGAUACCACGACCAGAAACAGGUCGAGUGUCAGCACAGAAAGUGUUGACUUUGGUUUUGGUCUUGCUCUUGGUCUUCAUUCGUCUUCAAUUCUCAAGCUAUAGACACCUUUUUUCCCGGCGCCGAGGUGGAUCACGAUCACUGGAAAAUGGAAAGAGAGCGGAUUCCCCUAAUGUAUAGACCUAGUGAGCCGGCAGGAUUGUCUCUUCUAUUUGCCACCCUCUGCAUGGUCGACAUCUUCGGGGUCUUUCCGAUCAUCGCCCUGCCCAGGGCGAUCAUACAAUGCGGUUGGCUAGGCAUACCUUUGGUGAUAUUUGUUUUAAGUCUUCAAGUAUACACGGCGAGACUCCUCGGAAAAUCCUGGAUAAUAGCUACGAACCUAGACCCGCAGUUGGCGCGGAAAAAUCGAUAUCCCUUGGCAGCGGUGACUGAGAUGACCUUAGGACCUUUUGCUCGUAAUUGCGUGACGGUGCUGUUGAACCUAACGGUUUUCGGCGGAGGGAUUCCGAGCCUCUUAGUAGCCUCUCAGAAUCUCCAGCUUUUUGGCAUCAAGGUCUCAGGGGAAAAGUUCGAUCUCUCCUUUUGCUACUGGCUCCUCAUUGUCGGUGUUCUUCUCUGCCCAAUAAUGUGGCUCGGAAGUCCACGCGAUAUGAAGUGGUUGGCAAUGUGCUCGACACUGGUGGUCACACUCACGGCAACUUUGACCUGGUGGUGUAUCGUCUCGGAUAACGUCAUCGAGGAACCGGAGCCGGUGCCCCUCUGGCCGCCGUGGGAAAGGUUCAUCUCGGGCUAUGCCAUCCUCGCUUUCCAGUUCGAUGUUCAUCCUACGCUGAUGACCAUCCAAGUGGAUAUGAGGAAACCAAAGGAUGUAAACAAGGCGGUGAUCAGCUCAUUCAUUUUUACGGGCACCUUAUUCACGGUAUCAACGGGUCUGGCAGCUUGGAAAUACGGAGACAGGAUUACCGCGAAUGUCUUACAGCUUGUGCCCGGAGGGUUUGCAACGCGUGCGGCUAUCUUACUUGCCGCACUUCAGCUUUGCCUUUCCAGCGCCGUCGGACACACAGCUUUGUUUCAGCACGUGGAGGAUAAGCUUCAUGUUCGAAGAUCGUUCAGUUGGAAGCGGUGCGUCACAAGGUCAGCGCUGGUUUUCCUGGCCGUUGCGUUAGGCGAAUCAGUACCGAGAUUCGAUAUUGUGAUGGCUUUGAUUGGGGGUUCCUUAACGGGUCCUCUAGUUUUCAUUCUGCCCCCGCUGAUGUACUCCAGGAUCAAGAAGCUCCAAGUGGCGGCUCAGCGGACUCCAACGCCCCCAGUAUUUUCAGCCUGUCAAAGGCGCGGUGGCUUCAACCUUGUCGAUGACCACAGAGUCCAUUCCCAGUCUGUGCACUAUGGGUUCAAGUUUGAAUCCAACGUCGACCCGAUGACCCGUCACUCCUACGUGUAUUAUGAAAAUAGUAACGCCGGCGAGCUUAUGGGAGAGGAUAACGAUCAAGACGAGACUUCAGUGGGACAGCCUAUACACCUGGAUGUCAGUAAGCCCGUUGUGAUAAGAGAACGAAGGUGUCGUUCGCAGUGUACCUCUGGUGGGUAUUUCAGAUGGAGUAGACCCGAGAGUCUAAUCGACUGGUUUGAACACGUGGUUAUCAUUUUGGGUGUGAUAUUGACAAUCUCUUCGACGUAUAUUAACGUCAGAAACACGAUCAGAUUCGUAGAGUUCACACCACCCUGCAUCGUCAAUGUCUCCGCGGCCGCUAAGGGCUUGGAUUUUCACUGAAUACGCGCAAUUGUGUAAACAUAGUUAAUGUUACGGAUAUAAAAUUAAUUUUACAGACCGAAAAUUAGUAAUAUGUAUACCUAUCUGAUAUCGGGUAUUCUCAUAUGAAUUUAAAUGUUAUUGUACGAUCAAUAGUAAACUAUAAGUAUAAUUACUUUGGAAGGAGUAUAGAGUGUCUAUUAGACUGGGCCAAAAAAAACGAAGAAUUUUUUUUUUAAUGGUACUGUAAAAACAUUGCUCAUGACGACAAAUAAAAAUUAUCCUGAAAGUUUGAGCCCUUAAUAUUAAUAUUAAGGGGUGUAUCGUUACA